AGCUCCCGGAGAACUGGACCGAUACCCGUGAGACGCUGCUGGAGGGGAUGCUCUUCAGCCUCAAGUACAUGGGCAUGACACUGGUGGAGCAGCCCAAGGGAGAGGAGCUCUCUGCAGCCGCUGUCAAAAGGAUCGUUGCCACCGCGAAAGCGAGUGGAAAGAAACUGCAGAAAGUGACUCUGAAAGUCUCACCCAGAGGGAUCGUGUUAAACGACAGCGGAACGAACGAGCUGAUCGAGAACGUCUCCAUAUACAGGAUAUCCUACUGCACGGCAGACAAGAUCCACGAUAAAGUGUUUGCCUACAUUGCCCAGAACCAGCUCAAUGAGAACCUGGAGUGCCAUGCCUUCCUCUGUACCAAACGGAAAAUGGCACAAGCAGUCACCCUCACUGUAGCCCAAGCCUUCAAAAUCGCAUUUGAGUUCUGGCAGGCAGCUAAGGAAGAGAAGGAGAAGCGGGAGAAGUCCAUCUUGGAAGGAGAAGGGACAAGCAGCCCCAGCUCGGACACCCCUGCCCAUCCUGACACACCAGCAGCCACGGGGAACUUGCUGGAUUUAGAAGAUCCAUCCAAAUCGCCCCUGACCAGCAGCACAAACUCUCCACACUUGGAUAACAGCGUGUUUGGGCCCAGCUCCUCUGUAAAUAACAACGUGGUGUGGGAAAUGGAUGAUGGUCUCGACGAGGCAUUUUCAAGACUGGCUCAGUCGAGAACAAACCCUCACGUCCUCGACACGGGACUGACAGCUCAAGACAUCCAGAGCGCAGAAACGCUCUCACCUGUAGACUGGAACAAAAUAGAGUCCAACACAGGCGAGAAAGAUGAUCUGUUCAUGUUUUGAGGUCAAACACAUUGAAGAGCUGACAAGAGAAGAACCACUAAAAGUCUAUGGACUGAAUCGUGCUGUUGCGGGUGCUGUACGCGAGGGACUCUUCUGAGGGCUCUUCACCAAGUCAGGUGAUGUUACAGCACAGUUUAGACCAAAGCUUUAGAAAUCUAAUGUGGAUUUUUGUACGUUGCUUUUAUCUAAACCACAAGAUGCUCUUGAACAUAUUUAUUCAUAGCCGUUACAGUUUACAUAUAUUAUUGGAAGGUGUCUAGAGCAUCUACGGUAUUAGGUGGCAUUAGACCAUGAAAGAACCUUCAGCAGUGCCUGUUCCUCUCUGAAAAAAAGACUAUGCAACACCAAAGUCUCCCUGUAUAUACUUCCCUAGACAAAGACCUGCAGAUGCAAAUGCAAUUGCAAGCACAACUGUUACUAAUCCACUGUUUCUUGAACAACACAUCACCUGCCU